CAGCUAGGCGCAUACAUGACAGCUUCUUUUCGUUUCCACGCCUGUCAAGCAGCGGCAGCAAUUCUGCAAAACGAUUGCGUGUAGCGAUAGCCACAGGCCAGAUACCUCGGUAGCACCAGCACCACCAUGCCGAAGAACAAGGGAAAGGGAGGUAAAAACCGUCGUCGCGGUAAGAAUGAGAACGAGUCCGAGAAGCGCGAACUGAUCUUCAAGGAAGACGAACAGGAAUAUGCACAGGUUACAAAAAUGCUGGGUAACGGCAGACUGGAGGCGAUGUGCUUCGAUGGUGUGAAGCGACUUUGUCACAUCCGUGGCAAGCUGCGAAAAAAGGUCUGGAUCAACCAGGGUGACAUCAUUUUGAUCGGUCUGCGCGACUACCAGGACUCGAAGGCGGACGUUAUCCUUAAGUACACGCCCGACGAGGCCCGAAAUUUGAAGACGUACGGCGAGUUCCCAGAGUCCGUGCGCAUCAACGAAACGGUGACGUUCGUUGAGAACGACAUGGACGACGACAUCGAGUUCGGUGACGACUACAGCUCAUCGGAGGAGGGCGACGCGAUCGACGCCAUAUGAUCUGCUGGCAGAACCGGCAACAGCAACUGCAACUAAAAUAGACCGGAUAUGCAGUACGGCAGGCGGCAAGCGCGUGAGCAAGCGGUGCUGCGACUGAUGCAAAUGAAAUUGAAUCACCAGUAAUAAACAACAGCAGCAGUGCGGUAUGGUUCUAUUAGUAUAUCAACAAAAUAUUAUUGUUUGUGCAGAUAGCGGAAUGCCAGACGGUCGGAAGAGUGUGUGUGAGUGUAGAAGGAGGAUCCUUAUCCUCUCGGUGGCAGCGCAGGGCAGGCAGUGCGAAGAACUAUGUGUGUUGUAUAAGAAAUUCCAAAUUUCCUGCUGAAAAGAAAUGUUUAUAUAACACAGAUCCCAACUAAA